CUUCAACUUCACGUCCCUUCGUUGCUUCCCCGCGUAGUCCCCAGCCUCCUGUAAGCGACCCCAUUUCGUCAGUCCGCCCAUCGUUUUUGGCGCCGCCAGGUCAUUUUCCCGCUCUGCAUGACUGCAGCAGCCUCACGAGCAGCCAGCAAGAAAGUACGUCUCAGUCUGACAAGCCGAGACAAUCCGUGAGACUGUGUCAGUGGGUCAAGGAUGGCGAGUGGAGACAGAGCAUCAGAGCCCUCCACCUCAGCAGCACCCGAGCAACAGCAGGAGGCCGGUGACGUGCUGGCUCUUCUCAAUGAGGUGCGCGUGUUCUCCUUGCGGCAGCAUUUUUCGUAUCAUGAGCCCCACAUGGCUAUCUGCCUGUCUGCAGUUUGUGGUGCGGAUUCAGGCGAGGGAGUUUGAGCGGGCAAUGGAGCUGUCGCGGCAAGGUCAGCCGUUCGGACAUGCAGCCAGCUAUCCGUCUCUUCGUUCUCACUUCUGUGGGUGCAGUUUUGGAAAUCGAGCCCGACAAUCGGCUGAUACAGGUGAGAUGGAUGGGCCACACGACAGCACAUUGGGGGGGGGACGGCAUGGAUGUAUGGGCGUGUGUGCCACACAUGGUGGGAUGGGUGCAGCGCUAUCAGCCGAUCUUGGAGCAGUUUCUGAAGGACCGUGAGAUGCUCGAUAUGCUGAAUGACAGCGACGGCGAUGAAGAAGAGGAUGGUGGAGACGAGGAGGAGGAGGAAGACGAAGAAGGAGGGGAAGAGAUCAACGGCGAGAGAGAGGAAAGCAAGACGGACAGGGCGGGGUAGCGUCGUACAUGGCCCAAGAUUGUCC